AUGGCUUCCAGCAGGAGAUACGCUAUCAUGCUCACCACCGCGGACGCAGACACCGCCAAUUGGAGAGCGACGGGGAGACAGCUGUGCACCCAUCCCGCCUAUGCUACCGCAUGUUCUCAUCUUAACAGGCUGGUCACCCAAAUGAACAAUGCCAUCCGCCAAUGCGGCAUUACGCCUCGCAUGCACCUUGAUACCAACCCGCACGUGCAGAUCUCAUGGCGCUCCUCAGUUACGGAAGACUGGGAAGAUUGGGGCAUAAUGUGGAUCGAAGAGUUGCAUGCUCCAGUUCCCGACUUCAUGGUCGCAGUUGCGGAAGUUCACGCGCGUCUUACAAGCAACGAGACAGACAUGCAGUGUGCCCCACCGGCGCCGUCCUCCUGGACCGUUAGCGGCCGGUUUGGGAAUAACAGCUCGGGCGGGGGCCAGGCGUCCGGGGCAGGACCGUCCCAGAGCAGAGGGCACGCCGAUGCCGAUGGCAGCGCACGCACGAACGACGUGCAGAUGGGCGAAGCUACGGUGGAGGGUUCCCGGGAGCAAAGCGACCCCAGCACUACCCCGAAGAAGAAAGGCAAGAGCCCCAUGUUCAAACGCCCAGGUGCAGGCGCGCAUCCAACGAAACCCAAUCCCAAACUCGACACCGCAGGCUCUCCUCGACGCUGGACGGAAAAGUUCUUAAAGCGAUUCGGCUCAAAGCGUAGCCUCGCGCCCCAAGCAUCCCAGGGACAAGCACCGCUCGCUACAAACGGCGCCGCCAGCGCGCAAGUUGGCUCCGCGCCCGGGGCUUCGCGAAGUGGAGACGGAAGCGGAUUCUUCCAACAUCACGCCCAGCACCCCGACGCGCAGAGCUUGCUCGUUGACGCUACCUUGCGGGAGAUCCGAGGCUUGGACGAUAUGGGGCGGUCGUUGCGCGGGCAGGAUCGUGCUGUGUAUGAGAGCGCCAGCGAGGAGGAGAAGAGCGCGGCUGCUGAGGCGUUUGGGGCGGAGAUGUCAGAUGAUGACGAGGGCUAG